AUGAAGUUGGCUCUGUUCUUCAUCCUCUUGCUGCUGCUGCGCCUUCUGUCUUGUGGCAAGACCCAGAGCACGGCCCCUGCUCCCACCGAAGACCCCUUGCUGCUGAAUAAGACCAAUGGAUCAACGUGCGCUCAGUGGCUGUACGGGACGGAGCCGCCGCAGGUGGAAGCUUUCCAGUGCGCGGGGCGACCCGACGGCGCCGAAGUCAAGUUCUGCUGCGGGACUUGUGAGCAGACGCGCAAUUGCUCCUUCGAAGAGCUCGCCAAGGGCUCCACUGCGCGCCCCACCGACGGCGGCCCAGAGCUGUGCCCUCCGUCUCAUGCGCUAAGUAAGGCGGCCAUUUCCUUUCCUAUCUCUUAG